UAACAGACACUAAGGGGCGCAAAGCACAGGAGAAAUAGAGUCGAAAGCUGCAGACCUCCAUCGCGGGCCCUUCGUACCAGUGAAUCUUCUCUAUGCUCUGACUUGAGGCCUGAGCCGUGAGAUGGGAGACACCAUGGUGGAACCAGUACCUGUGAAGCUCUCGGAUCAGUCGCUGGUGUUACGGGGCAAUGGAGGGAGUGCCCUGUGUGUCAUUACGGAGGGCGUGGGGGAGGCGUCGUUGGUUAUAGACCCAGAUGUGGCGCAGAAAGCCUGCCAGGAGGUGCUUGAGAAAGUCAAGAUGAUUCACGGCUCCUCUGUCGAGAGCUUGGACAAAGUAGAUGGUGGAGAUGCUGGAGAUGGAGGUUCUCUGGCCAAUGGGGACACAGAGCCGAAACUUACCAAUACCGGACAUACUUCCACCAGCUCCAGAAUUAACGAGGAGGAGUCUCCAUUGGACAUAAACAGUGUAAAGAAUGCCCGCCGGAGACAGAAGAACAACUCGGCCAAACAGUCGUGGCUCCUGCGGCUCUUUGAGUGCAAGUUAUUCGAUGUUUCCAUGGCGAUUUCGUACCUGUACAACUCCAAGGAGCCGGGGGUCCAGGCCUACAUCGGCAACCGGCUCUUCUGUUUCCGCUAUGAAGACGUGGACUUUUACCUGCCGCAGCUGCUCAAUAUGUACAUUCACAUGGACGAGGACGUGGGCGACGCCAUCAAACCCUACGUGGUCCAUCGGUGCCGCCAGAGCAUCAACUUCUCCCUGCAGUGCGCGUGGCUCCUGGGCGCUUACUCCUCCGACAUGCACAUCUCCACCCAGCGGCACUCCCGCGGCACCAAGCUCCGCAAGCUCAUCCUCUCCGACGAGCUCAAGCCCGCCCACAAGAAGAGAGAGAUCCCGCCCCUUAGCCUGGCCCCGGAUACGGGCCUCUCACCUUCCAAGAGGACUCACCAAAGGUCCAAAUCUGAUGCCACGGUCAGCAUCAGCCUCAGCAGCAACCUGAAGCGGACAUCGAGCAACCCCAAAGUGGAGAACGACGACGAGGAGCUCUCGUCCAGUUCGGAAAGUCUCGAUAGGUCGUUCUGCUCCCCGGUGCGCCUCGCUCCCGAGAGGGAAUUCAUCAAGUCUCUCAUGGGCAUCGGAAAGCGAUUGGCCACCCUCCCCACCAAGGAACAGAAGACCCAAAGGCUCAUCUCUGAGUUGUCCUUACUCAACCACAAGCUGCCCGCCCGGGUCUGGCUGCCCACCGCCGGCUUUGACCACCACGUGGUGAGGGUGCCACACACACAGGCUGUUGUACUGAACUCCAAGGAUAAGGCCCCCUAUCUGAUCUACGUGGAGGUUCUUGAAUGUGAAAACUUUGAGACAUCGCUGGUCCCGGUCCGAAUCCCGGAGAAUCGAAUCCGCAGCACCCGCUCCGUAGAGAACCUGCCUGAGUGCGGCAUCACCCACGAGCAGCGAGCCAGCAGCUUCACCACCGUCCCCAAUUAUGAUAACGAUGAUGAGGCCUGGUCUGUGGAUGAUAUUGGGGAGCUGCAGGUGGAGUUGCCUGAACUUCAUACCAACAGCUGUGACAACAUCUCUCAGUUUUCGGUGGACAGUAUCACCAGUCAGGAGAGCAAGGACCCCGUGUUUAUAGCGGCCGGCGACAUCCGGAGGCGUCUGUCAGAGCAAUUGGCUCACACCCCAACUACGUUCCGCAGGGACCCCGAAGACCCCUCAGCUGUGGCCCUUAAAGAACCUUGGGAGGAGAAAGUCAGGAGGAUCAGGGAGGGCACCCCCUAUGGGCACUUCCCAAACUGGAGGCUCCUGUCAGUCAUAGUGAAGUGUGGGGACGACCUGCGCCAGGAGCUCUUGGCCUCUCAGGUGCUGAAACAGCUGCAGUCCAUCUGGGAGAGCGAGCGGGUGCCUCUGUGGAUCCGGCCGUACAAGAUCCUGGUGAUUUCGGGAGACAGCGGAAUGAUUGAGCCGGUGGUGAAUGCGGUGUCGAUACAUCAGGUGAAGAAGCAGUCGCAGCUCUCGUUGUUGCAUUAUUUCCUGCAGGAACACGGCAGCUGCACCACCGAAGCUUUCCUCACCGCUCAGCGCAACUUUGUGCAGAGCUGCGCCGCCUACUGCCUGGUGUGUUACCUGCUGCAGGUCAAGGACAGGCACAAUGGUAACAUCCUCCUGGACGCCGAGGGCCACAUUAUCCACAUCGACUUUGGCUUCAUUCUCUCCAGCUCUCCCCGGAACCUCGGCUUUGAGACCUCGGCCUUCAAGCUCACUGCUGAGUUUGUGGAUGUGAUGGGGGGGCUGAAUGGGGACAUGUUCAACUACUACAAGAUGCUGAUGCUGCAGGGACUGAUCGCUGCCCGGAAACACAUGGACAAAGUGGUGCAGGUUGUAGAAAUCAUGCAGCAAGGUUCCCAGCUGCCCUGCUUCCAUGGCUCCAGCACUAUCCGUAACCUGAAGGAGCGUUUCCACAUGAACAUGACGGAGGAGCAGCUACAGAUCCUGGUGGAGCAGAUGGUGGACGGCAGCAUGAGAUCCAUAACCACCAAACUGUACGAUGGAUUCCAAUAUCUGACCAAUGGCAUCAUGUGACCCGCCCCCCAGGAGCCACCGGCCGGCUGGAUCAGCUACGGUUUCCCAUUCACCAAAAUCUUUAUUUUGUUACUGUUGGGCGGGGACAGAAUGAAACCCCCGCAGCACAUUGUACAGGAUUAUGACUUAGAAUGAGGUUAUUCCUUUGGGGCUGGAGGGCUCCCUUGCACCUCCCUGGCUACAGCACUAGGCCACGGUGACCACUAUGCAGGCAACUGCCCCACGCCCCCACUCAUUCAUUCAGUAUUUCCACUCAGUGUUUGGCUCCUCCCCCAAGAUUCUCUCUACUAUAUCCCUACCCCCCCAUUUCUCAUUCCACUUGCUCCUACUCCCCCAUGUGAUCAAGCUCCUCCCACUUGCUCUUUGCUACAAGCUCCUCCCACCAGGUUCCUGCUAUAAUGCUCCUCCCAGCAGGUCCUCUCUGUUCUAUCACCCCCAUAAUGUGAUUAAAUCCAUUUCUGCCCCCGCCCAGGAUCAUGCUUCAGCCCCAGGUCUAAUGUCCCAUAAUGCCCCUCUGUGAUCAUUCUUCUUCCUCCCAUCCCCCUUACUGUUAUUAAUGCUCACUGUGUAAUUGAUCCCGCCCACGAGGUCCCAUCUUUGCCAUAAAACUUCCCCGUGUGACCAGGCUCCUCCCACCAUAGUUUGGGGGUUCAGACCUCUUGACUUUUUUAAAAAAUCUGUGGAAGGGUUAAUGCUGAACUGGAGGAAAGGGAGAAGCAGAUUAACCCAUUGGGACCCCCCGGGCUAUGCGGGUGUUUAUGUAGUAAUGUGACGGCUGCUUGCCCCCUGUAUGUAAAUACCUGCAUCUGACAGCCCCGGGACUCUGAAUUCCUCUGCACCCCAAAGUUUUUUUUAUAGUCUCUCCUGCACCCCUCUAAGCUCUCUGCUUCAAUACUGACUGAUGGGCACAGCUCUAUGGCAACUCCUGCCUGUUAUUAGGAGGGGCAACUUCUUCCUCCCAUUAUUCUUUUAUUUAUAUGAUUUUAUUAGGAAAUCUAUCUCUCUCUGUGUAACUCCCUGAUACCCUCUGCCGUGGGCCCCAAGAGCACAACAGCCUUUGUAGGGCCCCUCUCCCUGUGGCUCCAACACUGACUCUGCAGCUUCACGGGACAGAAAUGGGUGUGGGCUCAGGGGGUAUUUGGAACGGCCUUGGGGCAGAAAGAUUUGCUGCUCGGAGAGGAAAUGGCCCCCUAUUUAUUUAGGGGUGGGACAACCUGGGACUCCAGUUUAUUAAUGGGGGGGGGGGCUUUUUAAGAAAUGAUUACGUCUGAGCGCUUUCAUGUUUAUUUCUAUUAAAAGUGAUAAUUCCCAGA